GUUUUGAUUGAGUUCAAAUUAGUUCAUAUUUCGCGCGUACGACAUCUAUCAAGAUGGCGCUGGUGUUUACAAAUUUUAAGGUAAUGGCGAUUGUCAAUGAUGGUAUUAUAUAUUCCAUGACAUACGUAGUAAUCAAAGAAGCGUGGAACUGUGGUGUGUAAUAGUGACACUUGUUGUGUACACGUAAAUAUUUUACAACAAAUAUAAUUUUGAUUUAUCUUUAUCUUUGAAAUUUGUAAAUAUUAAGAAAUGGUAAAUGUUCUGAAAGGAAUUCUUGUAGAAUGUGAUGCGGCUAUGAAACAAUUUCUUCUACAUUUAGAUGAAACGCUUGCUCUGGGAAGAAAAUUUAUAAUUCAAGAUCUGGACGAAAGACAUUUAUUUAUUUCUAUUGAUAUUUUAGAAAUAUUACAAGCAAAAGUGGAUGAUCUUAUGGAUCAAAUAUCAUUCCCAUUAGCUGAAAAAGGAAUAUAAUUAAUGUCAAUAAAGAAAGAAAAUUUUAAGAAAUAUUAAUAAAAAUGGCUGCAAGAGAAUCAGGCAGAAUAAAGGAUGCUUAUCAGAAAAGGGUCCUUGAUGAUGCAGCACGUAAACGUAGACAAAAGAAAGCGUUGGAAGCUUUGGAACAAGAUAAUUUUCAUGAUGAUCCACACGCGGAUUUAG